AUGUCCCUCUCCCCGCCAAUGCCCCCCUUCAACUCCACCGACCCAUCCGCCUCCUUCCUCUCCUCCUCCUCCCUCGACUUCCUCCUCAUCGAGCUCGUCCCGCUCGCCCAGCGCGUCACCUCCCAGCGCGACUUUCCUUCCUCUCCCUCUUCCGCCACCCAGAACCCCGACAACAACAACAACAACAUCGACAGCUCCUCUUCGCAUCGCAAAUCCGAUUCUGCCGCUGCGCAUCAUCCCCCCGCCGAUUCACCAAAGCGGAUAGACGACGAAGAGCACCUCGAUGCGGUGCACUUGCGACUCGAGACUCAGGGCUAUCGCGUCGGCCAAGGUCUCGUAGAAAGCUUUCCUCCCAAAAAACACAGAUUCUCCCGCGACCGCCCCCGCUUCAACGACACCCUCGACGUCAUAAAGUUCCUCUGCAAAGAUCUCUGGUCCCUCGUCUUUGGCAAAAACAUUGACAACCUCAAGACAAACCACCGCGGAGUCUACGUCCUCACCGACAACGCCUUCCGCCCAUUCUCCCGCAUGAGCACAGAAACCGGCAGCCAAGCCGUCCUCCGCGCACAGCCUUUCCUAUGGUUUCCCUGCGGCAUCAUUCGCGGCGCUCUGGCUGCCCUGGGUAUCAGCGCCACCGUUCAAGCCGAGGUCAACGAGCUACCAGCAGCCAUCUUCCAGAUCAAGACCCUCGCCGCCAAGCCAUAA